AUGGGCCGGCCUCGUGACACACGUGGUUUGUUCAUUCGUUGCUCUCAAAAAAGUAAUGACCCAUCGCCCAUCGGCCAUCACUGUUCGUUCCAUAAGCUACCAUGGCCACGAAAGCACAUACCAUCAGUACAGCCCGCUGCCAUGGCCUUCUUCUUCCAGCUCCCCCUGCUCCUGCUUCUAGCCGCCGCCCAUGGCGCGGCCCCUGUUCUUGGCCUCACGAGGAGCGACUUCCCGCCGGCAUUCGUCUUCGGAGCCGCCACCUCCGCGUACCAGUAUGAGGGUGCCGUUGCUGAGGAUGGCAGGAGCCCAAGCGUCUGGGACACCUUCACUCAAGCAGGGAAAAUGUCGGAUAAAAGCACAGGCGAUGUCGCUGCGGAUGGGUACCACAAGUACAAGGAUGAUGUCAAGCUCAUGGUUGACACUAACCUAGAGGCUUACAGAUUCUCUAUCUCCUGGUCAAGGCUUAUACCAAAUGGGAGGGGAGCUGUCAACCCAAAAGGCUUGGAGUACUACAACAACCUUAUAAAUGAGCUAGUGCAACAUGGGAUUCAAGUCCAUGUUAUGCUUUCCCAUCUCGAUUUCCCGCAAGUUUUGGACGAUGAGUAUGCCGGAUGGUUAAGCCCUAAAAUUGUGGAAGAUUUCACAGCAUUUGCGGACGUGUGCUUUAGGGAGUUCGGAGACAGGGUUUCAUACUGGACAACGAUAGAUGAACCUAAUGUCAGCGCACUAGGGUCUUACGACAAUGCACUAUUUGCACCCGGACGUUGCUCCAACCCAUUUGGAAUAACAAAUUGUACAGUGGGAAACUCAACUGUGGAACCAUACAUAGCAGCUCAUAACAUGAUACUGGCUCAUGCAUCAGCUACCAGACUUUACCGAGAAAAAUAUCAAGCUGCCCAAAAGGGAGGUGUUGGCAUAAAUGUUUACUCUUCUUGGAGUUAUCCUAUGACAAACUCUGAUGUGGAUGUAGAAGCAGCUAAAAGAUACUUAGACUUCGUGUUCGGAUGGAUACUAGAGCCCCUGGUGUCUGGAGAUUACCCAGAUGUGAUGAAGAAAAAUGUUGGGUCUCGACUUCCAUCCUUCACAAAAUCUCAAUCUCAAGUUGUCAAGGGAGCUGUUGAUUUCAUAGGAAUAAACCACUACUAUUCCAUGUAUGUUAAUGAUCGUCCUUUAGACAAAGGCACUCGCGACUAUUCAGCAGACAUGUCUCUUUACCAAAGAGCUUCUAAAACAAUCCCAGGAAGUAGCAAGAAUGUUCCUUCAUCUUCUCAAAGUGACCCGGAAGGAUUGCAAUGUGUGCUGCAGUACCUAACGAAAGCCUAUGGGAAUGUUCCUAUCUAUGUGCAAGAGAAUGGUGUUGCAUCUAAUGACACUCUCAAUGACACCGAAAGGAUCGAAUACUUGAAGAGUUACAUGGGUAGCACACUGAAGGCAGUAAGGAAUGGAGCAAAUGUAAAAGGCUACUUUGUCUGGUCCUUCCUAGACGUCUUCGAGUUCUUUGCAGGGCCCCAGUCACGGUACGGCCUAUACCGUGUCGAUUUUAACGAUGAGGCGCGGCCACGACAAGCCAAGCUCUCUGCUCGAUGGUACUCUGGCUUCCUGAAGAACAAUGGCAGCUAUGUUCAGAACGAGCUCGACAGUACAGAAUCUCGUGCUCUGCAAUGA